AUGCCUCCAAAGCAACAAUUGUCCAAGGCUGCCAAGGCUGCUGCCGCUAUGGCCGGUGGUAAGAAGUCCAAGAAGAAGUGGUCCAAGAAGUCCCAUAAGGACAAGGCCCAACACGCUGUCAUCUUGGAUCAAGAAAAGUUCGACAGAAUCCUAAAGGAAGUCCCAACUUACAGAUACGUUUCUGUCUCCGUUUUGGUUGACAGAUUAAAGAUUGGUGGUUCCAUGGCUAGAGUUGCUUUGAGACACUUGGAAAGAGAAGGUAUCAUCAAGCCAAUCUCCAAGCACUCUAAGCAAGCUAUCUACACCAGAGCUUCUGCUGAAUAG